UAAAAGUGGGCGUGGUUUGCUUCUGCACUUUCAGGAAAUAAGGAUUUGGAAAUGUUGAAGACAUUACAUUGAACACAGGUUAGAUUGUUAAGAACAGCACUUGAACAGAAACCCGUAGGAGAAACGAGCUCCUGCGGAAAUGAAGGACGUCACGCCGCUUCAGUCCGAUUCGGACCCCGAUAUGGAGGCUCUGCCUUUCUCACCCAGCACUGGUCAGAGUCUGGAGAACCGGAUCCUGACGCAGGCCUCUUCAUCUCUUCUACAACCUCCUUCAUGGGCGAACCUGACCUCGUCAUGUCCGGCUCUCUGUCCUUCCAGCCUGUCCUCCACCGCCUCAUCCUCUCCUCUCCUGUCCAUCUCAUCCAGCCUGCUGUCCUCUUCUCUGCUCAGGACUGAAAACCCUCAUCUAAAGUAUGACCCUCCUACUAUCUCCUCUCUCUGCUCGUCUCAACCCCUGAGCUACUUGCUCCAAAGCACAGCGCCAUCUUCUGGUGCUGAAGCUCAUAAAUGUCUGAACGAGAAAUUGGAACAUGGAGGUAUUAAAGUAGAGGAUGAUGACUCGUGCUCCACCGAGGAUCUUCCAUCAUCCAUCGAGGAGCUAAAUGAGUCCUCGGAUCACGAGGAACAGAUGCAGAUUGACGGUGAGCUCCCAGCUGAGAUUCCUGUACUGGAUCUGAGGCUGUCUGAGGGAGAUGAGAAGCAGAUGCUCGAAGUGGAUGAAGGGUUUGGAGAGUUCGACUCAACCUUGGACAGAGACGCAGAAUUACUGGUGGAAAAAAAGUAUAGGCUGCUGAAGUUCGUCUGCUCCUCCAUGCUAGAAAAAACAUAUCUUCCUGGCCAAACAGGCUGGGAUACAUGUGCUCCUGUGUGGAGCUGUAUACAAGAGGUGGGCACUGAAAUCACCCUUAGUGAUCCAGAGUUCCUGCUCAAGGUGGCUGUUUAUACCAGACAGGAAUUGAACAUCCGCAUCACAGCAAACUUCCUGCUGGCCCUCACCGCUCACCUUCCAAACUCCAAACCGCACCUGAGGAGGUAUUUCUGCUCGGCCGUGCAGCUGCCAUCCGAUUGGCUGGAGGUGACGAGGAUAUACAGCCAGUGUUUUAGCACUUCUCUGCCCUCGUGCCUGAAAAAAGCUCUGGCUGACAAAUUCAAGCAGUUCAGUGAGUAUCAGCUGGCCAAGUACAACACUCGCAAACACCGCUGUAAACACAGCAAGAAAAAACGCAAGGAGGUGUCUCCCAAGAAAUGGCUUGAAUGGGCAAAGAUUGUCUCAGUAGACCAACAGGAUCUCAAGAAACAUGUGCAGUCAGCUCAGCGGGUUGCAGCAGAUAAAAAAGUAAACGAGUUCAACAUGAAGAAACUGAUUAAACGCCUCCACAUUAAAGAACCGGCCGAGCUCGUCAUGAGCAUCCUCGGGAAACGGUACCCGACGGAUGUGAGGGCGUUUUGGCGCAGUGGGCUCAGUGGGGUGUGGCAGAGUGAAAGAGCCAAUCAGAGGAUGAGACUGAAGCAGCCGGAGACGUGGGAGACGCGACUGAGUCAGGAAGGAAACAAAGCAGAGACCUGGGAGAAGCUCAUAGAUAAUAAUUCUCUGCCCUUCAUGGCCAUGCUGAGGAACCUGAGGAACAUGAUCACACAGGGCAUCAGCAACAAACACCAUGACAAGAUCCUCAAACGACUUAACUCAAAGUCCGCUGUGAUCCAGAGCCGUCAGUUCCCCUUCCGCUUCCUGUCAGCGUAUAAAGUCGUCCUGAGUCUGAGCUCAUCAGUCGGUGGUGGUGUGAACGUGAAGACCAGCAAAAAGGAAACCUUGCGUAAGAUUGUGAGAAAGAUCCCGAGGAGCAGUAACUUCAGACACAUUGACUGGUUGACGAUGAGUCGUCAGAGGCUACGUACUGCACUCUCUAUUCCGUUCAUACGUGGGGUCUACAACUCAAAUAUCAGAACGCAACAGAAAAACAGACUAAAAAUUCUCAGUCUGGAGCUGCUGCAGCGUUACGGUGAGGCCUUGGACAAAGCCGUACAGAUCUCCUGCAAGCACAACAUCCCUCCUUUGUCAGGACACACACUCAUCUUCUUCAUGUCCUUUACUUCGACUACUGGAGUGAAAGGAGCUGAUUUCUGCCUCCCGCCCGAGACUUUAAACGAAAACAUGGAGAACACAAACCUAUCGCCAACGAUGAUGGAGGUGUCAUUGCUCCUGGCUAUGAUGAUCCGCUACUGCAGCGAGCACACACAGUUCGUCCUGGCAGACAAUGAAGGUUUGCAGGAAAUCCAGGUUGAGUCAGGUGGGCUUUUGGAGAACGUGAGGAGAGUGGUCAAGCUGAUUGAGGAAUUUAAAAAUUUGCCUCAGAAGAUGCUUCAUGACCACUUCUUCUCCAAGCUUCUUGAGGAGAAAACAAAGGUGGAUAACAUUAUCUUUAUGGCAGAUUACAUGUCUGAUUAUGUACUGGCCAUGAUGUCGGUUGAAAGAUUUCAGAAGGCCUGCAUCCGUAAACCGUUAUUGGUGAACAUUUUGCUCAAUCAAAGGAUUGCUAACAUCGAUUCCUCAGAUGAUCCUAAAACACUGCACCUGGACGGCUUCAGUGAGCAAAUCCUCAGGUUUAUUUCCGAGUUUGGUUCCUCAAGACUUUUGGAUCACGUGGAGCAAAUGGACAAACUGCACAAGAUUCCUCCUCCAACAGGAUCUACUGCAAAACAGGAAAGAGCCGCUGACAUCAUGCCCCUGCCUGCAGUUCCUAAACUCAGGUACCUUCACAAUCAACAUUAUUAA